AUGGUUCUCUUUCCAGCUAAAAGGAAAAUCCCACUCUCUCUCUGCCAGCAAGGCAAAACCGUUGCAUUCCCUCAGUGGAACAAAUCUUGUGGUCCCCACGUUAUGGGACAGGAAGAGGAUCUUGCUAUUUGUAGCAAGUGUACUGAUGGGGCAGAGCACAUUUAUUGUAUGGCUGAUAUGCUGGACAAAGUUCCUGAAGGUGAUUGGUGGAUGUGUGAAGACUGCAAGAAGUCAGAACGCCAAAAAUCUAGAAGUCCAGUACAUCUUGAAUCUUCAGGUAGUUCAAAAUUAAACUCAAAAUCUUUCCAUGAUUGGAAAAGGCAAACAGGUACUAGAUCUUAUUCAUCAGCUAACAUGCAUGGUGUCCAUUCAGAAGCUCAGUCUUUGAAAGAACACGGGGUUACGGAGAUGAAUGCCAAAGCCUGCGACAACACUCUACUGCCUAAGGACUUCUCAUGCAAGACUUUCAAAAAUGGAAAAGCAAAAGAAACCAAAGAUACUACAUCUGAGCUCCAAAUUUCUUGCAUUCCUCAAGACAAAUCUAAAGUUCCUCUUGCUUAUAGUGAGAACAGACUAGCAAGCACCUUAGAAGUUGAGUUAGAUAAAAAAAGAAAGGCUCUUGAGACAAGAGCCGAACUCCUCAAAGCAUCCAAACCAACCAACGAAUCCCUACUUAGUAGGGAGUCCCCAUCCAAAAAAUUGGGAAACACAAAUGUGAAGCAAUCUUCCUAUGGAUCUCAGAAAAGCUCCGAGUUAGACUCUCAUUCAGGCUCUCCUCUCUUCAAGCCUGGAUUGUCUGAAAUUGCAGAUGUAAAAUUUAAAGGACAGCAGGGAAAGGUUGGUUAUUUGCCCAUGCAAAAUGUUGAGAAAAAUAUUGCUAUGCAUGAUACUAGAAAGGGGGGAAAUCUUGGAUUGCUGUCCAAAUCUGUGUCAUUUGAUAAUGCUAGCUUGGUGAAACUAAAUGGCACAGGUUCCGAAGUUAUUGUAGAAGAUGCUUAUCCCCCUGUGGUAUUCAAGAAUUCAAGCUCUGCAGAAGAUACAAAGACAACUAAAGGGAAACAUGUAUCUGGUGUUGUAGCUGCAAAAAGUAAAAACAGAACUACUUCUUGUAAUAAAACUUCCUUGUCAGGAUCCAACCAUGGUAGACUUGAUGCUGUUCAAGGGUGUGGGCAGGUGGAUCCUAAAUUACAACCAAACAGUCCCAAAGCUCAUAAAAACCUGAUCUGUCUAGACAAAGACAAGAAAAAUGAGAACUGGCAAGAUGGAAAACGCACUGAAGCUGUGACAGUUAUGAAAUUACAUGAAUUGUGCAAUCGUCAUGGUUGUGAUAAAAAGUCUCAGUUUGAAGCAGCAAAUCUUCCCGAGGAUUUUCCCAUCCCAAGUCUUGUUUACACAUGGAAUGGAAUGUUUCUGAUUCACAGGGUUGAGGGUAUUGUAAGUACUCGUGUUGGGAUGCAAGCAUAUGUAUCAACUUGUGCUUCAGAGGAAGUUCUUGCAGUAGUGGGCAGACUUCCUGAUAUUGUUGUACUAGAGGAACUACCUCUCUUGAAGAUGUGGCCAUCUCAAUCUGUGGAAAGUCAAGCUACAGAAGAAAAUAUUGCUGUAUACUUCUUUGAAAAAGAUUUUCAUAGAGAAUUGAUAGAAUACAUGAGCAAGAAUGAUUUGGCUCUCAAAGCAAAUUUGAAUGGGCUUGAACUUCAAAUAUUUCCAUCGAAUGUUCUGCCUGGGAAACUCCAGUGUUGGAAUAAGUUAUUAUUCUUAUGGGGUGUAUUUAGAGAACACACGAUUGACGAUUCGGCAAACACACUGGUGCAAAAUUAUCAGAAGCGAAAAAAUAGAGAUAUUGUGAGCAGUUCGGUAUUGGAUUUAAAUGUGAAUCCUCAUGAUGGGAUUAACAUGGUUGGAGACCAUGAAAUUGGUGAAUUUGAUGCUAUGCAUAUAAGUUCUUCAGGUGACAGAAUUGUGCUAGGUGGAGUAGAUAAUUAUAAUUCUGGUUGCCCUGAUUCGAGAAAAUCUCAACACCUUGAUGGACAAAAGGAAACUCCAGGGUCCGUUCGGGAUCUUAAAAUUUCACGAUGGCCUAAAAACGCCACCCUGGAAGUUGGCGCGUGUCUGUCUGUUGAGAAUGUGGAUGUGGAUGAUCAACCAAGCAAACAUGGGAAGCUCAAGAGGCCAACUAAAGAGAACAACAAUGCUGACAAUGUUAAGCCGCAUGGCAAGCUUCCUAGGAACGAGAGAGGUAAUACCGACAGACCUGAAUCCCUUGCUUCUCCAACAAACCAUGAGGAAAAUCUGAAGCUGCUUUAUUGGCAAGCUGUGGAAAUUUUGUCCUCUAAAUUUGGACUUUGA